AUGUCGGCAGGACACUCUUCGACUUCUUCUUCGCAUGAUCUCAUCGACAGCGAAGUUGAACAAGGUCUUGCCGUUGUCCCUUGUCUUACUCCCGUUACCACCUCAAACGGUUUUCUAUCCGGCUGGUGUUCGAACUGCAGCGGUCGUUCGUUGAUCCAUGUAAUCAGGCAAGUGAAUGAACUUUCCUGGUACCCCGUCAGCGCUGAGCGCGUUGAGAAGGCGGGCUCGAUGGGGAAAGCCGAAAAUGGCUUCAAAGUCCAAAAACGUUAA